AUGGCGUGGCAGUAUGUCAUGUUGCUUGCCUCGACUUUGGCGUUCCGCAAGGGUGACUUUACAGAUUGGGACUGCCGACGUGUGAAUUCAAAUCUUGUCCUGUGGAACACGCUCCGGGAAGUCGCUGUUGCAGAAGCAGAUGCCGCGGAGUCUUCCCUCUUUACGGUCCCGAACCUUGUGUCUACAGCAAGUGAUUUCGAGACAUCCCAUGAUGUUUUUGCGACACUGUUCACUGAAUGUCCUCUGGGCACAAUUUUUCUUCUGGAGAUCGCGCUUGGCAGCUGCAUGUUGAAUCAUGGUCAGCACACCUUCGAGCCGUGUGAAGCAACUGGAGAUUUGUUGAUGGAAUUCAUGUUUCGGCGGAACGUCUCCAUGGCUGUGAUACUCACAGCAACGUGGCCGAUCAAACGUGCCCUUGACAUGCCCUUUCUGUACGAGUUCGGGCUGGACACAGCCAGCAGCUGGCACACCGUCCAGAACAACGCGGCUUACAUCUGCGACAAGCAGGUUGUCGAUUGGCCGCGCCUCCAAAACCUCAUUUGGACCGCGGUUAGAGACCAAGAGGAUGUCUUUACAAAGGUUCGCAACAUGAUCUUCGGGAAGGAGAUGCAGAAGUUGGUGACGGACCAGUUGCAAGAUCCGGGCCACUUCGUUCCUGACUGUUUGUUCGGAUGGAUUGCCACGCUGCUCAUCUUCGCCGGUCUCACGUGGCACAUUGAGUCCUAUGUAUACUUCUCCUACGAACAAGUGCUGAAGCGAUACCUGGCCACAAUGGAGUUCUGGGAAUUCUUUGGUUCAGGCUGGCUGUUGACCACUCUGAUGGGUCAGGUUUGCGUGUUCCAUCGCACCAUCAACGAGAUGGACUUCUCGGGACCGGAGCUUCUCCAAGAUACACAGAUCCAUUCACUGCUCGACAUUGGCCAUCUGCGACUCAAGGCAUCGCCGAUUUUCGCUGCAACGGCCGCUGCCGUACUGGGCGAGGGUGCAAGAGCCUACACCGUGAAUGGGGAGCGUCGGCUUCUGACAUAUACGGUGUACGUCUGGGGCGAGGCCUUCCUGAAGUGGCUGCCAGCGUACAUCAAGCGCUUCCACGGCCUCGGAGUCUACAAUCUCAUGGUUUACGGUGACUCUGACACGUACAAGGUUUGCUCUGCGAUCCAGGGGGCCGUUUGCCUCCAACUGGAGACAAAGAACGCGCUCCACCGCUACACGGUUCCGUUGGCUCUCAUGAAUCUGGGAGUGGAUGUCUUCGUCCUCGAUUUCGACAUCUAUCCCUUUCAGGAUCCGACGCCUGUGCUAAUUUCUGAAAUGGAGAGCUACAGUGUCGUGCCGGAGUUUCUGAUUGCUGGCUCAUUCGGCGAUGCAUGCAUUUGUAAUGCAAUGGCGUUCUACCGGAACACCCCGUCGCUCCGCGACUUCAUCCGCGGCUUGUUGGUCUGGCUAUAUGAGCAUCCCUUCCCAGGACAUGCUAUUACGCAGAGGGCGUUGUCUGCUUUUUUAGGGGAAGCACCAUUGCAGAAAACGCAAAGCACGCGCCCAUUCGUCGUCAAAGCUGAGAGAUUGGCCCCUUGGCUCCCGGAGCGUGCCAGUCCUGGAAUCGCCUGGGCCGUGCUCGAUCCAGGUGUGCAGUUUUCCUCGUCGGCCAACCUCGAGACCUCGGGCUGGGCAGGCGAUGCAAAGGACAUUGUGAUCUAUCACUUUUUCUACGGCGCUUGGUUAGAGGCCGAAGUUGCCAUGCGGAUAGACGUGAAGGACAGGGAGACCUUCGAUAUCUUUUACAACACAAGCUGUGGCAGCGAGCCUCAGGCAUGUGAAGACCUGCGAAAUCAAAGGAUUCAGGACCACCUCGCUGCAAACAGGCAGGGAGAUGUACGAAACCAUACCGAGCGAACAUGCACCUCGCUACCAUACGAAGACCUGGAUCCGAUAAUUCAGUGA